AUGCGCCGCCUGCAGAAAAAGAAAACAUCGAGUUCUCGAACGGCCGCCGUCCAAGUGUCGUCAGACGAGAGUCUCCUGACACUCGGCGGAUGGCGUGCUCCGUACCUUCUCCCCGGAUCAAUGACCGCGGAGAAGGAUCGUUGGUCCAGGAACAUGCCUUAUGCCAUAUCGGUGCCCCCUACGCAUUCCGCCAACGCGGAAGUCUCCGAUGCGGUACCAGCGCACCGAGUGCAUUGUGGCCCGUAUAGCUAUGGUGAUCGGCUCCUCCAAGUGGCUGAGCCGCCAUCUGGCUACGAAGUCUUGACUCAGACCUGUUCCUGCGCCAAAGAUGCCAAGGGAUCUACCUGA